GUGUCUGUGUGUGUGCAGAAUAACCCACAACCACAGUUUUACAUAAUCCGAUCACAUCAAAUCUCACCACCUCCCUCAACAACCACUGCCAGAUUUCCAGCUGCUCCUGCACCGCUUCUUAUUCCGAUUUUUCACCUUUUGCCAAUAGUCCUUGCAUGAUUUUGACCUUUUUUUUCCGUUUUUGUGAAGUUUUUUUCUCCUCUCGUCCUACCCAGUGAUGUCAUCUCUGUUGAGGGAGGAGAUGCAGAGAGUUUUGUUCCGACCGGCAAAACAUAGACUGGUGGAGUUUAUAGAGAUCGAGGAGCCAACAUGUGGAAGACAUUUUCUGUGUGUCUCAGUUGGAAAGGGAAAUCUAGUGGAGUUAUGGGUAGUGCAAUGUCAGGUAUCUCAGAAGACCCUAAAAUCUGGAUCCAAGGGGUCCAGCACUGAGAGAUCCAGCAUUCAGGACUGCUACACAAAGACGGAGAUCUGGUCCCUGGAAGACCUGACUCUUGUUGAUGGACGCAACCCUGAUGUGGAUGACGCCUGCUUCCUGCUGCACUUCGACAAGGUGCGCUCAGUGACAGCCGUAACCUGCUCAGCCAAAUACACCUUAGUGCGCGCCCUGGUCGCCCUUAGCGAGAAGCACUGCCAGCGCCCUCUGAAUCUGAAGAACUUUGACUGUGCUUACAUCAAGCCCUCCACCUUCUACUCCGACAAAGGGGAUUGUGCUGUUAUGUCCCAGAUAUGUUUCUAUGCCCUCAAUCUGGUUUGCUUGUCCUUGUGUCAGGUGCCCCUGGAGGGGUAAUGGCAACAG